UUUUAAAAAUUUUAAAAAUAUUUUAUUUCAUUUUUUAUUAUUUUUCCUCGAACUUUCCCGUUUUGAUACUACGUCGAAAACUUGUUUUGAAAUCCAUUUUUUUCAUCACCAAAAUUUUCCAAAACCCUAGCGUCCCAAUCCACAAUCGUGCAAAUGCUCUUACUGUUCAUCUCGCGCAGUAAAUCUCUUGUCUUUUCCCUUUAAAUCCUUUCUCUUUCUCUUAGUUUUCUUCCCGGUCACUUUGAUUAAGGAAGUGAAAGCAAAAUGAGAGGGAAAGGAGGAAGUGAAAGUAAAAUGAGAGGGAAAGGAGUGAUGGGAGGUCUUUCUCAACCUAAAUCUUGUUCCAGGAAGAAAACGCGGAAAAGUGGCAACAUGAAAGGGAAAUUUGAGAAUGUUGUUCUCAUUGAUGUGGAUGGUGAUAGAUGUGAGAAUGUUAUAAUCAUUGAUGCUCCUGAAUCUGUGGAGGAAGAUUUACAAGGUUCCAGUAGGUCAAAGGGAGGCAAACAAUUUCCUUCCCCAGGUGUAAUUAGCAUUGAUGAUGAUGAAACUGAUGAUAUGGGUGAUCCCAAUGUUUUUGUUGAAUGUGGUGGUGACUUGGAUAGUGAUGCCUCCUCAAGUAAAAGUUGUCCUGCCCCUGACUUUCCGCAGAAAUCUGCAGGCUUAAAUGGUGAGGAAUGCCACUUUUUCAGGGAAAAGAAAUCUGCAUUUAAAUUAUCAAAGUGCAAGAAAACCUGCACUGAGCCUCCUUGCGGAAAACGUUUUGGUUUAAGUCCUGAGUCUGAGGAUAGCAUAUCUGAAAGUGAUUGUUCUGAUUGUGAAGUCAUGGAAGGUUCUGCUGGAAAACUUCGUGAAGAGUGGGAGAAAGCUUUCCAAAGAAAGAAAUAUAAUGUUAGAAAUGGCCAAUCUGGUUUAGAGGACCAGAAUAGUGCCUCGGGAUUAUGUAAUGAUACUCCAGGAGUUGAAGGAGAAAAUCAAACCAAACAACAUGCUGAAACCCCUGCAUCAUCUGGUUCAAGUGAUUCAAACAUUCAGAAACAGAACUCUUCUGCCUUUGAGACUCAUAGAGAUAGUUAUUCGCGUGGUACUUGUCUUAAUUGUAGGACAGAAGGCCCUUCUGUAGAAUCUGAUAAGAAAAUUGACCAUGAAAGCUUUUCACAGCCAAAAUAUGGGCCAAAUGCUGAACCACAUUUUUCUCAUGUUCAGGCUGAUGUGAUAUUUGGAACAGAAACAUUUAUGAAAAAUCCUCCUUCAAGGGAUGGAGAUCAAGAGUUUCCUCAGGCAUCCUCAAAUUGUGAGCCAUACCCAAGUGACUUGCAGCAUGGAAAAACGGGUUCAAAUGGACAAGAGAAGCUACAAUCCAAAGAAUCAUUGAUGUCAAUUGCUAAAUAUUCAGAUGAAAAACGGGUUGACCUUGGCAUGACUCCUUUUGAUGUUGAAGUUGGAACUGUUUUUGACGAAUCCUCUUCUGUUAAGAUUCCAUUAGGUGGAAAUGGAAUGCCAGUAGUCAGGAGUAAGAAUUAUUGUGAUAGAGAGAAGGUGCUAUCCAGGAACAGUUCUCAGUAUGAUGAAAUUCAAGUCAAGCAAUUCAGUUCUGGAGCAGAGCAAUCAAGUGUUAAUUCUGUGUCCAACGGUAAUAAAUAUGAUGAAAGGGUUACAUUGAAUGUUCAAGGUGUUGAUGUUACAGCUUCUGGUGAAAAGGAUAUAAUUAUUAACCGAGAAAAGCACAAGGAGACUGAUGAAUACAAGCGAGCUGAGGAAGAAGAAUGGGCAUCUAGGCAGCGAGAGUUACAAAUUCAGGCAGAAGAGGCUCAAAGAAUGCGGAAAAGAAAAAAGGCUGAAAGUAUGCGACUAUUAGACAUGGAGAGACGGCAAAAGCAACGUCUGGAGGAAAUGAGAGAGUCACAAAAGAAGGAUGAAGAAAAUAUGAACUUGAAAGAGCAACUAAGAAGUGAAGUAAGAAAGGAGCUUAGUAAAUUGGAAAUAUCAUGCAUUGAUAUGGCCUCAUUACUUCGUUGCUUGGGAGUCCCUGUAGAUGGUGGUUAUUAUCCCAUGUCCGAUGAGGUGCAUGCAGCUUAUAAACGAGCCUUGCUAAGAUUUCAUCCUGAUCGAGCAUCUAAAACUGAUAUACGCCAGCAGGUUGAGGCGGAGGAAAAAUUUAAGCUCAUUUCUCGCAUGAAGGAGAAAUUUUUGGCUGCUUCAUGUCACUGAAUUCUAACAAAGGUUCAAAUUUUGUUACUACAACGCAAAUUUUGUUGUUUCAUUGGCCACUGGGGUUUCACUUUUUUUUUCUGAUAUUGCAUAUGUUAGAAAUUUUUUGCCAGUUCUGAUCAGGUGAACUGGUUAAAAGUGUAAAGCAGUUUCUUGUAAAUACUUGCAAAGAUAUCAUUGCUAGAGGUUUGGACCGUCAGGUUAUAAUUUUAUAGUGCAUCUUUGAGAAUGGAUUAUUAAUUGACAAAAUGUUGCGGAUAUGAUGGGAUUUUUUAAAAAAUAUUUCUAAUUUUACCCAUGAAUUUUCUAUCUUUAUACUUGUUCGAUUAAAGAGAACAUUCAUAAAUAGUUUUAAACUCGUAAACUUUAAGUAUCAGUUUUAAUAUUAUACCAAUUGAUUCAAAAGUCAGCACGGAUUUAAUGUGAUAAGCACAAUUAGUGAGUGGAGGUGUGCUGGGGAGACGAUGAAUUUGUAAAUUUUGCAUUGUCACUUGCUUGUUUCAACAAAAACUAUUCCGUUUAUUAAGUAAGAGAAAUCCAAGAAUACUAAGCUUGCUUUAGUUUCUUGAAUCUAACCUGAUUUAAUAAGUUUUUUAACUAUUUGAUCACCUCUUUACUUUUAGUUCAGGUAGAUAUAAUAAUUUGUGUG